AUGUCCUACAAAGUCUACACCAUCGAGCGCCUCGGCAUGAGCUCGCUCAACCACGUCGCCCUCUUUGUCGAGACAGAGACUGACGGAGGCGGCCUAGUCUUUCACGUCACCGGUAACAUCCUAAGCGGUAUGAAGUACGAGAAGGAAGUCUCCGAUCGUCCAGACAACUCGGCAUCAUUCAUUGCUGGAACUCAACGUCUUAUCGAAACCCUCCAGAAAUCGAAGUUGUCCGACUUCGAGUCGGCUUGCGAGAGCGUGCCUAUUCCAGGUGCGCAGCUUAAGCUGAAUGGCACGCCGAAGCAUCCUUGGAAACCGAUCCGGCGGUGCGGCGAGUGGGUUGAGGACGCGAAGGCGAAGGUCAUUGCCGAUGGGAUCUUGCUGGUCGGAAGCACGGAACACGAGUGGCUCGUUCUGCUGUGA